AUGAGGUACAACCAUUUGGCAGCCUCUAGAGGCAGAACAGUGGGGAAAGUUGUACACCAGGAAAGAGAUAUGGCAGUGGAGAAGCCAAACAUCACAGGACUGGGACAGUACAAUGUCACCAACUUUAACUUUCAAUUAUCAAAUAUGAGUAAAGGCAACCAUCAAGACACAGUUGAUGAUAUCCAACAAACUGUUUCAAGUUGUAGUCCCUCACAGCUCAGUUGUCUACACAUGAUACAAGAUAAGAAGAUAGUGUGUGGAACAAAUGGCUCUUAUGAGAUGACACAAGGAAGAAUGGCCCAGGCAGAGGAGAAAUCCUGCAAUAAAUGGGAAAAAUAUAGAAAACGAUAUGUAGAGAAAAGAGUGCCAGUUCGGAGAGCACCUAAAGCUAUUUCAGAUCCAGUGCCUGAGAGGAAAAAAACAGCACCCAUUAACCCAGCAUAUACAAUUCGAAAGUCACGGGUUGCCAGCAGUCUCAAUAUGCGGCCAUAUAGGGACAGGGUAAUUCACUUACUGGCAUUGAAGGACUAUAGGAAACAUGAGCUGUUCAUUCGACUGUGGAAAGAUGGCAUCCCAAAAAAUGCUGAGGACUCCCUUGCACAAAUUCUGGAUAAAGUAGCUGAUCUGAAUACCAAGAAUUUUUCGUACACCUUAAAGGAUCAUCUUUAUAAAGAGAUCCAAAAGGACUGGCCAGGAUACAAUGACCUAGAAAGGCAGGUAUUGGAGUUGAUACUUUUAAGAAAAGCAGAUCCAUUUCACAAUGCUGAUGCCACCAAUCACCCAGAAUUUUCUAUAGAUUCUAGUCUCCUAUCACCCUCUGCAGCUAAAGCCAAUCCCAUUUCUCCAUCAUCGCGGGCAACCCACUUCCCUAUUUCAAAUUCUCCUCUGCCUGUAAAUUCCAACUGCCAUUUUUGUAGCAAUCUAAAAAGAUCUGGGACUCAAUAUCCAUAUGUUGAUAAUUUUAGUCAAAAUAGUAGCAUCUUAGAGAGCCACCAAAGUAAACAUACUCCUUUGGAAAUGUUAGCAUCGAUUUCAACUCAAACUGAGUAUCCAAAGCUCACAGAGAGAGAACUUUUGAUGUCUGAUGAUGAGGUCAAAUAUACAUUUAGAGAACACAAAGCAAAUAGCCAAAAGUACUAUGUUGAGAUGAUGGAGAAAGAGAAGACAGAUCCUAAAAGUCAAGAUGAAGAUGCAAAGCCAAAUUGCAGUAAGAGAGUUAAAAACGUUUGCACUGCUUCUGGGAAUACCCAUUCACCAUCUGUGCUCCUAGAUUAUUUGACUAACUAUUUCACUAUAGUUUCCUCUGAGCAACGUCAGCAAUAUGAGCAGGAAUUCAGAGCAGAUUAUGAUGAAUAUCGGGCCAUGUAUUCCAAGAUGCUGAUGUUAUCUAGCAUAUUUCUUAGGCUAGGUUCAGAAAGGAAGCAGUUUUCUCCAGAAUCAAAAGAAUAUCAGGACAUUAGUAAAAAAAUCUUGUUAGAAUAUCAGAAGAUGAAGCAGAAUAAUCCUACUUAUGAUGCAGAAAAGUAUAGAUGCAUAUAUCUUUAUAACAAGCUGGUUCACAUUAAAAAAUUAAUAAAUGAUUUUGAUCAGCAGCAAAAACAGUCAUGA